GCCGGGCCGCCGCCAGUUGAUUGUGCAGGAGCUCAUCGCGCCGAUCAUGCACUUGGCGGACGAUCUCUCGCCCCAUAUCUUUUCGCAAAGUGACGAUAGCCCCGCACCGUAUGUUCUCGAGCGGUCGUUGGAUCCGUUCCUUCAGUGGACUGCGUGCUUGGACGAGCCCAGGGACGAAGAUACGCUACCAUCACGGCAGGAGUAUCUGAAGCCUUACGACAUCCUCCCUCACACCUUCUAUCCGAAGGCGGAAGAAGUGGUGAUCGACGACGACGAAGAAACGUCGGAAGAAGGAAGCUAUAAUGAGUAUAGCGGGGGCGAGCUGAGUGAAGAAGAAGAAGAGGAGGAAGAAGAAACCGGAUCUGAGUGGGAACCAUUGCCAGAGGAAGCGGCGCGUACUGGCACGGAGGCGGAAGAUCCUGAGGCUGCGCGUAAGCAAGAAGAGAUUGCCGCCGGGAAACGCCAUCUAGAAUUCGCCAGCGGUGCAAGUCAGGGCAUCGGUGACGAUCCGACCAGGGAUCCAGAGAUGCCGAAGCCCGAAGAUGGCGACCCCGGAGCUGCUACCCCAAACACCUCACGACGGAGACGGAGCAGAUCCCCCUCCUCCUCCAGCCCCGCCCGUCCCCCAAUUCGCCCACGUAGCGAUGCGGGCGAUAGGCCUUCGUCCUCGAACGUUAUCUCACCGUCCCCUUGAUUUUCUCACCCUCGAACAAAUCCGCACCCCCGUC